GCCCCUUGCUGCAGAGUGUUUCGAUUCAGCCACACAGUCAUGGCUGCUUUAAGUAAGAUACCACACAGCUGCUAUGAGGUCGGACAUACCUGGCACCCAUCGUGCGUACAAGCUGCCGCAGAUAUAACCAGGGGGGCUCUGGAGGUUUCCUUCAAAAUAUACGCCCCUCUUUACCUGAUAGCAGCAGUUCUACGGAGGAAGAAGAAGGAUUAUUAUUUAAAGAGACUUCUGCCUGAGAUCCUGUGGUCUACCUCUUUCCUAACUACCAAUGGAAGUCUCUUCAUUGUUUUCUUCUGCAUUCUCAGGAAAUUGUUUGGAGGGUUUUAUCCAUGGUCGUCUGGAUUUGGGGCAGCUUUGCCUGCCUCCUACAUUGCCAUUCUCCUGGAGCGUAAAAGCAGGAGAGGUCUGCUGACAAUAUACAUGGCAAAUCUAGCUAGUGAGACUUUGUUCCGCAUGGCAGUGACAAGAGGUUUAGUUAAACCCAUUAGAAACGGAGAGGUGCUCCUGUUCUGCAUAACUGCAUCAAUCUUUAUGUUUCUCUUCAGGAGCAACGACGGCCUCAAAGGCUUUGCAUUUUCUGCUUUAAAAUUCAUCAUUGGGAAAGAGGAGAUCCCAACUCACUCUAACACAGCAGACCCUGUUAGCACUAGGCCCUCUGAGAGACCAGCGGCCAUAGAGACGGAGCCCUCACAGCCGCCGGUAGAAAGGCCCGACCAAAGGAAGAAAACUCUGAUAGCCUACACAAGGAAGCUGCUGGAAUCAAUAUGCAAAAAGGGUCCCAGACACAGAUGUUGUAAACAUUACCAGGAUAACUGCAUUUCCUAUUGUGUUAAGGGUUUUGUCAGGAUGUUCAGUAUUGGCUAUCUUAUCCAGUGUUGUCUCAAAGUGCCCUCAGCAUUCAGGCAGAUGUUCUCCAAACCAUCUCGUCUCCCUUCUGUCUUCUACAACAAAGAGAACUUCCAGCUGGGGGCCUUUCUAGGCUCUUUUGUCAGUAUUUAUAAGGGAACAAGUUGCUUGUUACGCUGGGUGCGUAACAUUGACGAUGAACUCCAUGCGCUGAUAGCUGGCUUCCUGGCUGGUGUUUCCAUGUUCUUCUACAAAAGUACAACUAUAACCAUGUAUCUCUUCUCUAAGCUGGUGGAGACCAUGUACUUCAAAGGCAUUGAAGCUGGCCGGUUCCCUUACUUUCCACACGCAGAUACGAUUAUUUACGCCGUUUCCACUGCUGUCUGUUUUCAUGCCGCGGUAAUGGAGGUGCAGAACCUCAGACCUUCAUACUGGAAGUUCCUCCUGCGUUUAACACAGGGCAGAUUUGCGCUGAUGAAUCGAGAGCUGCUCGAUGUGUUCGGAACAGAGGCAUCCAGGAAUUUUAAAGGCUUCGUGCCCAAACUGGACCCCCUCUACACCACAGUACUCAGCCCAACUGUGCUUCCGCCUGGAGGGGACGCCAACCUUGGCUGACUUGAGGCAAAAGCUCAAGCGAGACCCCUUUCCCCCUGCCCCUUGCAGAGUUUACCUCAAGAAAAAAUGGACAGACUGGCUGCUCCUGCAGAGUUGUUUGAGGUUUUGUGAAAAUUGACAUACCUGUAACUGAUCAGAUGAAAAAGUUUUGAGCUACGUGUAAAGGGAGGGAUACAGUUUUGGAUGAUAUAAAAGCUGAGGGUUGAAUUACAGCAGGACGUAAUGAAUGUCAAUUUUGUAGCAGCGGAAGAAAGCAUACUGACAGUGACUGAACACUCAGAGGUAGCCGGGUUAAUGUAAUAAAAAGUUGCAUAAUAAUUACUUUGAAAAUAUAAUAGUAAAAAAAAUAAAAUUGUGGUCUUAAACCAAGGAAAGCAGACAUCAAGAGGAAUCCAUUUUUUUUCCCCCAGAGUACCAUUCCAGGCAGAUCCUAGAUAGACUUCAACAUAAUGACAAUCGCUUUAAAUCCUUCCUUCAGUCAAUAGAUUCUCAUUAAUUCUGACAUUUUCUCAUUAACGCUUAUUUCCCGUAUUGGUUAUGAGUCCCUAUAAAAAUAGGCGACUUAUAAAAAUACAUUCUGGCAUUAUCAUAACUAAUCCAUAUAGUUAAAAGUCUAUUCAUGCAAACAAACUAAUGAUUGCUUCUAAUAGAACAAGAUUAGAAACAAUAACUUCAAAAUAACAGACAAAUCCUCUUAAAACUGUUUAUUUUCAAUCAGUUAAAAUGAAGGUGAAAUAUUGUCUGCCCAUUCAAACUGUUUGAAAAGUUUAAUUUCUUUUGGAAAUGAAGACUAUAGUGAUAGAGGUCAUCUUCACUAUUACUUAAUUGGGAAGGUUUAUAUAUUUCAUCGUUUAAGUCGCAAAUAAUUUCAAUCAUUCAGUCUUGCUAUCGGGAAUUUUUCAAGUCACAUUUCUGUUAUUUGUGACUGAUUGAUAGAAUUGUUUCAUUGGUUUUGUUUAGAUCAGGGAUGGAUAGCAUAGACUGAAUAAAAUCUGGGCAAAGUUAAUGCUCAUUUGGGUACUACUGUAUGUAUGUUCAGUUGAGCUUUUUUAUUCUUAAUAAUAAAACCUUGCUGCAACAGGUCCACAAUCUGCUCUAGGUAAUAAGUUUAGAGUUCUGGUUUAAAUUCUCUAUAAAAGGCUUCAAGCAUUUGUUAAAUUGUACCACAAAUGAACGUAUAUAGAAGCAAUGUUUAUCUCUAAGGACAGAGGUAGUAAGUGAUAACUCUUAAUAAAUACUUUUUAAAGUUUUUGUGAGGUUUUUUUUUUGGAUUUUUAAUUACCCCACAGUACAGUCAGAUGAGGCAGUGAUUUUUAAACUAGGUGGCAUCUAGAGUCAUGCUGUUAGGGAAUUGGCAUUUCAAAUAAUGUUUUUUUCAUAUAAGUAAUAGCCUGCUUAAUUUCUGGUUCCUUUACGGGCAAAGUAAUGUAUUUUUUUACAAAUUAAGGAGAGCGGGACAAUUCUCUUUAAAUGUAAGCAUUCCUCUAUUAUCUAUUUUUAUUUUAGUUAAAAUAAAAAUGAAGUUUUCCUUUGGUUGAAUUUAUAGUUCAAAUGUUACAAUCUGAACUAAAACAUAAAAUGUGAUAGACGGUUUCCAUAAUGUUUACGGAUUCGCAGUGAAGUUUAUGGGACCGUUUUUAUUUUAAUGAGAAAUUUAAAUGCAUCUAAAACUUGUGAAUGAAAAGUGAGUUAAAACUAAAUGCUACAUGUAAUUAUUAAUCAGAGAGGUUCAAUGUCUUAGGAAUAAUUUGAUUAUUUUCUCGAAACCUAGAAAACCAGCGUCAUUCUUGUCUAACCUUUUACUUUUAUUCUGACGAUCUGAACACCUCAGAUGGCCCCCAAUCACAUGUCGCAUGUUAACAGAAACCUAAUCUUGCAAUUUCAGGCGUUCCUGCAUCAACUUAUUCUUAUACUGCCAAGCAACUUGUUUAAGUUCCUUGGUUGUAUAUCCCUCUGAUGCACUCAAAGCAUGUUAUUUUGGGUUUGGUUUGUCACAUUUGGACUUGCUUGCCCAACAGAAGUUUAUUUUGACUCUUGCUUUGGAAUUUUGCAACACCGGAAAGCUUCUUUUUGAGAGCCACAAAAGGAUCAAAGAUCAUCAAAAGUCGAAAUAGUUUAUCUUCCUGGACCAGAUAUAUGCUAUUUUUAGAAUGGCAAGGGGGAAUGUACGGUGAUGCAUGAACCAUCAAUAGAAAUACUUCUGUCCCUGUUGAGACAAUCGUUUAACUGAACAUUUGUUCUACAUUUGGUUUCAGAAGGACCACAGGCACAUUCAUUAGAUCAAUCAUGCAAAAAUUGAUGUUUUUACACCUAAUUCAUGAGAGAAGUUUUUGGUUUUUGUGAACUUGAUGCAUUGUAGCAUUUUUAAAUCUACCAGAGGACGCGCAACCACAGUCUGGUUCAGAUUUAACAUUGCUGUUGAAACGGAAACGAGGAUGUCAAAUUUCUGACUCUGAUUAAAAGCUGCAGUUUGUAAAAUGAAUUUCUGUUCAAAAUUCUGUAAGUGAAAGAAUGGUCGAAUGAGAGGAUUAUAAAGAUUUUUUCUUAAAUCAAUGUUAAUUUUGCAACCUGAGUCAUAGUGAUCACGUGUGAAGAAAAGAAUAGCAGGGCUGCAUUAGGUUACUGUACUUAUUGGGUGGAAUUGCUGUGCGGCAUGGAUAAAAAAAAUAAUAAAUAAGCGUUUCUGAACAAAACUGGUAAAAAACAGUUUAAAUGGUUGACAUCCUGACUUGUGAAGCCUGGCUUUAUGUUUUAUUUAUGGAAAUACUUUAAAUUCAUAAAUGGUGAACAUCCACAUAAGACUUGGGCACCUUGCAGUUAAAUAUGAUCAUUCUACCAAUCAUUUUUGUUUUUUUUAACACAUUUUUUGUAUUAUUAUUCAUAAAGCAAAUGCUGAACCAAUUUUUUUUAUGUUGAUUUGUGUUUAAAUACUUUUUUCUGAUGAAGGGAAUACCAUACACAAAUUGGUUGACCUGUAAAAAAAAAAAAAAUAAACUAUAUACUUUUUUUUCUCUUUGAAUAGGGAUGAGGAGGCUUCAUUAAACUGAUAAUGUGCCUGAAAAUUAUACAAAAACUAGCUCAUUGUAGAGGUGAUGUCUACCACAAAACAUACUUUUUUUUUUAUUUUUUUUUUUUAUUAAGGUUGAUGUAAACUUCAUAUACUUUGUGAAACCUUGCACAAAUAUCUCUGGAAGUUAUAUGAAAUACAAGUUUGUUUACGUUAAAUUAUGCAAUCACUUGAAUUUAACUCUGUGUGAUAUAGAUAUGACCUCCAUACCGGAAAAUAUGAAUAUAGCAAGUGCUUAGCAAAAGAUAUGUACAUAUAUUUGUGAGAUUAAGUAGAUAUAGUGUCCAUAGAUAUAUUUUCAAUGUAAUAAAAAAUUAUUAAUGUAA